AUGAAAUACGACGUCAUCAUUGUGGGGGCAGGAUCGGCGGGCUGCGUGCUGGCCAACCGGCUGUCGGAAGAUCCCAGCCGGUCAGUGCUGUUGCUGGAGGCCGGGCCGGACUAUCCCGACCCGGAGCGGCUGCCCCAGGAAUUGAAAUAUGACAUGAACCAGGCCGCGUCCGAAGCGGGCGCCGCGCACAACUGGUCCCUGGUUGGCAAGUCCACUGAGCAGCAGGGGCGGUCGCUGCACGUGGCGCGGGGCAAGGUUACCGGAGGGAGCAGCGCCAUCAACAUCAGAUCCUGUUGCGCGGCGCCGGAGGAUUUUGACGGAUGGGCCGCCGUCGGCAACGAUGAGUGGAGCUACCGGAACACGCUGCCCUACUUCCGCAGGCUGGAGAACGACGCCGACAUACGGGACGACUUUCACGGCUCUGACGGACCGAUUCCGGUUUGGCGCCAUCCCCAAGACACUUGGCUGCCCCUGCAAGCGGCGUUCUAUCGGGCGUGCCUGGACGCCGGCUUCCCUGACAGCCCCGACAUGAACCACCCCGAGGCCACCGGGGUCGGCGCAAUGCCGCUGAACAAUCCGGGCGGCGUGCGGAUGAGCACAGCCAUCACCUAUCUCGACGCCUGUCGUCACCGGCUGAACCUGACCAUCCGGGCCGAUGUGCUGGCGCGUCGCAUCGUGUUUCAGGGCAAGCGCGCGACCGGAGUGGAGGUGGACAGCGGGGGAGAGACGUUCGUGCUUGAUGGCGACGAGAUUGUCCUCAGCGCCGGCGCAAUCGCCUCGCCGCAACUGCUGCUGCUGUCGGGGGUUGGCGAUCCUGAGCAGUUGCGCCCGUUGGGUAUCGCGCCGGUCCACGACCUUCCCGGGGUAGGUCGAAGCAUGAAGAACCACCCAUCGGUGUCCAUUGUGUUCCGCUCCCAGCCCGAACAUCAUCCGGCUUCCGACGCGCCCCGAAACCAGGUGGGACUUGGCGGUUCACGCUCAGGAUCAUUCGCGCGCACACGAUAUCCAGGUCCAGCCACACACGUCAUACCCCGAGAGCCGGAGGCGCCCAACAUCGUGUCGGAUGCGGCUGGAAUACCCCUACAGUGA